AUGCGGUUCGGCGCCACCGGAUCGAUGUCCAAGUACUAUUCGAGGCUGGAAGCAUUCAUCCCUUACGCCCGCGACGCUUUCACCAACGGCGGCCGCGACAUGGUCUUUGGCGUCUUCAGCCACUGGAAGGGUACUCCCCACAUGCUCACGGCGGCCCAUAGCCAGAACGCGCCGCAGCUCAGCAGGGAGACCUACUGGACCAAGCGCUGUGGCCGCACAGCCGUAACCAUCGUCCUGCGCCGGCUACCGACCAACCGCAUCCAGCUCGUCAUCUUCGACCCCUCGAUGAGACACCCGUGGGCACGAGAACCUCUGACCAUGACGACUGGCUUGUGGAAUGGACCAGUGAUCCAGCAGCUGAAGCAGGCUUUCAACACCUCGGCCACUGGAGUAUGGUGCGGAGGAAGAGUGUCCAACCGGAUGGGCCAGCUCGGGAUCAGACUGUCAGACUCCGUGCAACUCUCCUGCGGCUUUGUCUGGGACGUGGCCACUGGCCGAUUCGAUACAGAAUCACUGGAGGACAUGCAGUUCGACCAGCAGUGA